GCUGCCUGCUGCUGCUGCCAUGGUAGCCAUCGUACGUCAUUCGGGUCUUUCAUUCUCGUGUUCAUCGUCCUUGCUGCUGGCCACAAUAACGGCACUGGCGCUCCUGUGCUACUGCUCCGACGCAUCCAUCCACCACUGCUUUGAACAGCACCGCGACAACAAGUUGGACUCUACUCCCGAAUCCGGAGACGCUGUAUGACGAACCAAAACAACCUAAAAACUCCACGAAAAUAACUGAGAAUCGGCCCAAUAAAAUCGAAAACUGAAAAUCAAGCGACAAUCAACCUAAAAUACCAUAAAUUCACCGAGUUUCGGCAUUAUAGGUAGGACAUCAGAAGACGUUUUUCCACUGGCUGUCAAUUUAGAAAUUGUAUAAAAUGGAUGCGCUGCGCUUACGUGGUUCGCAAUUCAAUCGUUAUGGAGGCAGCUCAGGGUCAGGCGGCAACAACCCGAACCAGCCUCCGCCACCGCAGGUGCACAGCAAGCCGGAGCCUUUGAUUGUAGUGGAGGAGUCCAACUUGCCGGAGGAACUGGAGGACAGCUCAGAGACAACCUUUUCGAAUCGCGCCAGUCUGGACAUUGACUCGCCCGUGAACCCCUAUUUGCUCUCCCCUUGGCGGGACCCGCGCGAGGCCCGUAAGCACUCGCUGCCCUCACAGCAGGUGACCGAUGGAAUCACCGCCAGUCAGGUGAGGCGUCUGUCCGAGCGCGGCGGCGAGGGAUCCGGUCCAUCGCCCAAGGAGGCCGCCUUCCUCGCCACCCUCUCACAAGCGCCGGCCCCAUCUGGACGUCGCCACUCAGUGGUCACCAUCUCCAAGGUGCCCACCACCCUCUUUGGACGUUCGCGCCGUGAAUCGGUAGCCGCCUAUCCGAGCAGCAAUGGCAGCAGCCGUGUGCUCAACUCACGGCGGGAGAGCAACACGGGCCCUCCCUCUACAGACCCCAUCGGCAGCAUCCAUAACUUGCAGCUGGACAUUAUGGACGACAUAUAUUUGCAGUCACGAAAGGCCCGUUUAAAGCUAUGGACCUCCAGCAAUGAGAAGGUCUGUGAGGUACAGACCGUUGACGAGGCCGGGACCGCGGCCCCGGGUAGGCGCUACACCAACCGCCGCUUUUCGGAGUGCCCCCAGCCGCAGCCGGCCAGCAGCUUUCGCCGGGCCUCUGAAUAUCCGCAUCCACCGCCGCAGCCGCAUCCGCAGGCACAAACACACGGACAUGGGCACGCGCCUUCAUCGCAGAAGAGCAUCUCGCCCCAGCCGCCGUUGUCGGCCAGGGCCUCGACACGCCGCAAGAAGUCGGGCAGUGGCGUAGGCCUGCUUGGAAGCCGCACGGACAUCGCUGGGAUCUUCAGCUCUUUGACCAGCUCUGCCAUGGACAUGCACCGCUCAGAGCCGGAGGGGAGCUCCAGUGCCAGUGCCAGCUCUUCAGCGGCCACCGCUGGAAGCAGCCCGUUUCUCAGCCAGACGUUCCAAAACGCCGCCCGGGGUCGCGCUACUAGUGCCACGCCUACGCCCACGGCCCACACUGGGGGGCAGGCGGCCGCAGCAAGCAGCAGCUCACUGCUAGAUCCAAAUGCAGGCCGCUCCACACGAUCCAACAGCUUCGACGUCUCGAUCCUGAACAACGCCAAGCAGUUGGUGAGCGAGGCGCAGGACAACAGCUCUGCCGCCAUAUCCGGGUGGUUCGGCAAGCCGGCAAGUCGUCCCCAGCCGAUGGCCCGCAAGAAAAGUGUGCGCAGCAAGAGCACGGCCAUGGCCCUCUCAAAGGACAUGUUGGAGCGACUGCAGAAGAAGGACCCGCUCGGCGGAGACUCCGGAAAACCGAAGCUCAAGCCGCGCAGCAAGCAGAAGAGCUGGGCCGACACCACCAAGGCGAACAUCGUGGACGCGACCAUGCUGGGCACGGCGAUCGAGGGUUUCCUACGCAAGAGCUCCAAUGCCGGGAUGGCCGGAGCCGGAGGUUCUAGCGGACCGUCCACAUCGGCGGCGGUCCGCGGGGCUGUUCCCAAGGAGUCAAACAGCGCCACCGGCAGUCCGGCCGGAGCCCGUCGCAGCCGGGGGUCCGCGGGCAGUGGCGCCCAGUCGCAGGCCGGGCGGGCAAUGCGCUCCACUCUCAACUGGUUCAGCAAGGGCGAGGAGGAUGACUCGAAGGACACGUGCGAUGCGUCGCUGUGUUCGACACUCAAGGACCUAUUCGUGAAAUAGGUCGGGGGACGCAGAGGCAAGUAAAGCUCUGGGACUGACCCACCAACAGAUCCUGGCCCUUCAGCAAAGGGUGAGUGUGGAGCCAUUUGGUGGGGCAUGGCACUCACCUCUCUCUGUCUUUCCCUCUUUCCGUGUUUUCCUCUUUCCUUCUGCUCUAUUUUUCUCUUGAAGCGAGCUACUUGUAUCUCUGAGAUCCGGAAAUAUUCGUAUCAUUUGUUAACCAUUGGAAGAAGCCGACAGGUAAAGCGAACUUCAACACCAGACACCAGUUAGGCAGCGAACAAAAAGAGUACCCGCAAAUUUCAUUGUCACCGUCACCGUCAAUCUAAAUGUUUUGGCAGAGAGCCGUACUACUAUUUUGAACAUCAUUUACAGCAAAUGGAACACUCUUUCGAUGAGUAAAUAAUAAUUGAAACACUAUAUUGAACAGUUUAUUAGAUGCAAUACUAGUUGGAACAGUUUAUAAUCAAGAUUAACAUUUACGGCAGCUGAAGCAGCCAUAUUGGCACUGCAGAGUUCUAAUAACAGAUCUCUUCAGAAAAAUAUUUAUGUUCAUACUAGUUACUAGUAUAAGUGCAUAAGUAUAUCACUCACAUACCAACCAACACGAGCCAUUGAGACAGUGACGACCCGACCCAAUCAUUCAUCGUAAUAGACAAACAGUCACAAUAGCAUAGUUGUAUAAGCUGACAGUCAAACAUAUUUACAGAUCACUUACAGUAACUGAACGAGAACCUAGAUAUGUGAGACAAACGAAUGCCUAACAGUAAGUGCAGCAAGUGGAACAGUAAUAAUGAGUAUUGGAACAAUAACCGUGCCUCUAACACUAAUUACAACUGAUACAAACUCAGUCACACGAACAUUGACACUAACACUAAGCAAAGUAGCAAAUAAUGCCAAAACGGUAAAAGUAUAACUAACUGAAAAGCAUAGUACAAGUAAUAGUAAAUGAAGCAAUAGUAACACUAACACUAAAACUAACAAUAACAGUAACACAAGCAGUGCCCACUUAGAAUAGCACUCGCACUGGUUGCAACUGAAUUACUUACAGUCACACAAAUGAGUAACGAGUAAAGAGUAACGAGUAAGAGAAGCGAUUCAUUGUAAUACAAGCAGGGAUAAUAACGGCAAUGACAAUGACACACACACAGAAAAUAGACACUUAAACACUUAAAGUAACAGUAACUGCAUACAGCACAGUACAGUACAGUACCCACCCACACAUCAAUCCAGUAACACUUCUGCUCAAACCCAUUAACAUUAGUCCUAGCGGUAACAGAGUAUAAUGGUGAACAAUAAGAGUACAAGUAACUUUAACGGUACAAGUAACUUUAACGAUAUCGGUAUUGGUAGGAUUUACGAGAAGCGAGAGUAUAGCGAUAGCCGGCAAUUAGUGAUCGAUACACAGUUAGGAAAUCGGUCACAAGCAGCUAAUAAGCAACGCUGCAGGGGAGUUUUGUGAGUACCACGAAAAAUCAGGGAGCAGGAUGAAGGACUCAUAAGCACUACGAAAAGUAGUACUGAAAUAAGGAAAUAGGGAUGGCGAUAGCAACAGGGAAGGAGCGCAAUCGAAUGCGACACACGACAGACCUCAUCGGACAACCGACAAGACAAGCAUAACUGUAGUACAACCCUCAUAAAGAUAAAGACAAAAAAGAAGAUAAUAUAUUUAUUUAUUCUCACAUAUUUGCAUACAAUUGAAGUUUGAGAAACUAGAAUCGGAAACUAGAAUGAAAAUUUUUUCAUGGACUCAAGUCCAGAGCUAGAGGAAGGUAAAGAUGAAGAGGAGGUGACAGAGUAACAGAGAAUGUCAAAAUAUUUUUUUACGAAAAGGGAAUUUAAGAGGGAUCCACCGAUUCAAAGGAGGACAGAAGCGGCAGUCGUUGAGACGAAACAGACACCCAUAUGUACAUAUUUUCUUAUAUGCAUAAGGAGUCGUCUUUUUUUGUACCGAUGCAUUGGUAUUCGGGAAUUAUGCCCUUUUCUUUGUAGUAGCCCCAUUUGGGGUCCAGGUUGCAACCGAGAAAUUUAUUGUGCCACACAUUUGUUGGUCGUAAUCGGCUGUAAUCGAGACAAGCAUCACACACAAUCAAGGGAACCAGAGACAAAACUAUAAAAACUCAUCUGAUUGGCAGGCAAUCCAACAGUACCCUCAAUAACACAACAAUAACACAAAUAUCUACACAUGCCCACACAUAUUCAGAAUAUACUCAAGCAUAUGAUAUGUAUAUCCGCAGUGAAUAAGGAAUAAGUGUCUACAGACUCAAAAGUUUUAGUCAAUGUAAACCACACAAUAAAUGUAAUUUGUAUGUACAAUCUGAGCUUACACAAAGGCAAAUAACAACAAAUACCCAACUAAAUCCAAUCGAAUCGAAACGAAAAUCGAAGUUAAAUGUUAAUGUUCGGGUUGAAUAUUUAAUGUAAAAUUAUACAAAUUUACUAUAUCAAAGCAAAGUUAAAGCUAACACCAAAUCAGAAGCAGCAGCUAAAAAAUAUGCAGAAUAAGAGGAAGUAGGAGAGGCAAAACAUCUUCACCAGAAGAAGUUGGAAAAUGAGUUAACGAAGAAACUCAAAUUGAAAAUUUGCAAUUGUACCCAUUGCCAAACAGAGUUUGGGGAUGGAAUGGGAAGGACGGACAGACGAAUGAACAAACAAACAAUCAGUCAAUAUUGCAAUCAAUCAAGUGUGUUUCUAUAUAUGGCAUUUGGCCUUGUCAAUUUGGUCAAUGGCAUCCCACAGGAUGAUAAAGAAAUGAUAGAGAUGAAUGUUAUAUAGAGGUUAUCUUCCACAUUGCAAGCGCUCGAAUCGGGUUGCAACUACGUACAUAUGAAUAUACACAUACCAAUAUAUACAUAUACAUACAUGUUUAAAGAUAUGCAUAUACAAAAAAUAUAUUGAACAAAAUGUAUCUCGAUGUGCCCAGAAUGUAUUUUAGACUUCAAUUUCCAUGUGUGUGUCUCAAUGCGGUAACCCAAAGUUAACUUUCACUUUCAAUGUGUGUUGAGAGAACAGUAACAGAAUAUACAUACAUAUACAGAUAUAUUUACCGAUCUAUAUCUAUACAAAGCAUGAAUAUACAGAUAUCUAAACAUAUAUGUACAUACAUAGAUAUGUAUAUAUACAUACAUAUAUUUAUAUAUUAUACACGGACAUAUGGAAGUAUCUCAAACUAUUUACAAGUCAGUGCGAUUCUUCUUGGUCGCAGUCCAUGUUUUUUGCUCAUCUUCCUAACUGUUGUUCGCGUUGCUCUAUCCAAUCUGCAUUAUACUUGUGUUACAAUAAAUGUGUAUACUCGUAGAAACAACAAAAUUAAAAAAAAAAAAAACCAAAAAUAAUAAAUAAAAAAAAAAAACAAAAAGGAGGAUGGCUGAGGUUGUCUUCGGGAAAACUAAAACUAACUCUGCAGAUGUGCAGAGCUAAUCAAAAAAUAACAACUAAAAGAAAACUAAAGAAUUGAAUGUCAAGCCAAAGCAAUACUCCAGUUCUUUUUGUCCUAUUUUUGAUAGUUGUAUAUAUGUAUACUAUAUAUACCAUAUACUCUAUGUUCGAUAGCACCAUAUGGGUGCAAUUUUUUUCGAUUGAUUUAGCAUUGAAUGUGCAUAGAUAUAUAUAUGAAAACCAGUAUAUGUGUAUCUACAAUACUCGUAAUCGUAUCAAGAUAAUAAUGCAUUAUACAAUAUACAUUAAGUCCAAGUUCAUCAAAAUCAGCAGUAAUACCACAGGAACGGAACGGAAAGGAACUUAAACGGGAACGGGUUGGAGUGGAACUAAAUCCAACUGAAUGCAACGGAACGUACUGGCAUGCACUGGCAUGGACUGGCAUGAAUGGAACGGACUGGCACAGCUAGAAAACGCAUUGAAGUGGAACAGGGCCGUGGUGGAGUCAGCUAUGCAAUUUUAUUACUCCCUCGUCCCUGUUUCCACUUCUCCACCUCCGGUGUUCGGUGAUAUUGUUGCUGGUGAUCUGUUGCUGUUGUUGAUGUCGUGCAAUUGUAAUUACCGUUGUUCAAUUGUUAAUAAUGUUUAUCCACAGUACGUUUGUGUGUGAAGCCCAAGACUACACCCAAGAGAGCGGUUACCACCGACUAAAGUACUUUAGUAGUGUUAUUUGGAGUCCACAGAAUUCCACACAAAAUCGAAACGAAAAGGAAAAUUCCAAAGAUACCUAAAUAUUUCCACACAAACUUCUGUGUGCGGUUGAGUCAGAGGAAAGAUUGUAUGGUUUGUCGUAAGAGCAUUAUUAGUUUUAUGAGAUACUGAGAUACAAUGCUAUGAGUCGAGUAAGGUAGCAGGAUGUUUGACUUAACUAAAUUUUAUUUUGGCUUGUCGUCUAGGGAUAAAAGUGGGCACGCAUAAUCUAGUGAUUAUAUGCAGGACAGGAGAUGUAUAGGAAUGCAUGUACUAAGCAUAUACAUCUAUAGACAUACUUAUAUAAAAGUAGCUAUGUAUAUCCACAUAUAUCGAGAGAUAUGAAUAUAUCUUGUGUAAAUACCGGAGGAGAGCCCAGGAAUCCCCAAUUCCUGGAACACGUCUGUACAUAGAAUGCAGCGAGAGAGGACAGGAGGAUAACAAAGGAGAUCGAGAGUCGAGAUUAAGUGUAGUCGAUUUUUUUGGAAAAGUCAAAAUUUCAAAAUGCAACCGACUGUACGACUAACAAUCAUUUGAAGACACAUAAGGAUGUCAAGCUAAGGAACAAUAGAAAAAA